CCGGUUGCUAGGGCCGGUGCCCUUGGCCUCAGGCCAGGCCUUGCGGCGGGGGUGGGGGUCGAGGGUAGUUAAUCUAGGUGCUUUCCCGGCGGACUGCUUCUCGCGGGAGACUGCUUUGACCUUUACCUCGCUGCCUCAAUUCCGAGGAAAAGAUGAAAGAGGAAAAGCCGGUCGUUUUGAGAAGCAGCUGAUUGCCUUGAAGGAUAGUGUAGGGGUCCAGCGCAUCUUCUCCAAUAAUACGGAAGGAAAAUUACCGGCAUCAAGGGGGACGUACUAACAGGGACCAUACCUUGAGCGCUUGUGUGCAAAGUUAUCUUUGGGGGAUAAAACGGCCCAUUUAUGCAGCUCCAGAGCAUUCCCUUCCCAACUGUCAACGGAAUCCUGAUGUGCCAGGCGCUUUGAUGUUGCCUUGAGAACUUAGCGCAUGUUUUGAGCUUCUGGCAUUAUUUCUAAAUUGUACCAAUUGGAACAGAGAUCCUGGAAAAUCUGAUUAUAUUGAAGACCAUCUUAGUUUUGGGUUAAAGAGUAUGACCCAACUAGUCGUGGUUGAAACUUAAAACAAGUCCUUUUGCAGAAAGAAACCAAGUUACCUGUGAACUGUAAACAGAUAUUUCGAGUCUUAAGAGGCUAUCAUGGAGGGAUUUCCUUAAUCUUUUUGACCAAAUCUUUUCCCAAAUAUGUAAAGCAAUAACAGUUUGAAGGUAGAGGUGAAAAAAUGAGUGUUAUUUUUACUGUUCGGGAAAAUCAGUAUCUACUAAAUGAUCUAGCAUGGGCAGAUUGAACAUUUUGCUAAUAGGAGAAAUUUUAGAAUGAUCCUGAUUGGUAAUAGUGUAUAUAUUUUAAAAUUGUGUUCGUCAUAAACCUAAAUUUUAUCUAGAGUCUUUCUAGAAGUUUUAAAGAAUUUUUUUUUCCUUAUCCUCUUUUUCUUUUAUAGGAAUUCUGCUUGGACUCAGCACAGUAUUAGCAAAGAAUGAUUUUCACUAAAAUGUAGAUUCUAAUGAAUUACUUUUCAGCAACAAUUCAAACAUAUUGAAAACCUUUUCAAUUCCCGAUUAACCAAUAGCUGUGAAAAACAGUGUUCAUUGUUAGUUAAAAUGCAAAACCACCCACAACUACUUCGAAGACCUUUACCUCCAAAACUCCCUAAGCUGCCUUUACCUAAGAAGAGAGUCUAUGCAGCCAAGACUGGUAAAGCUAAGCCAAAACGUGUGACGUUCACUCCAGACGAAACCACUUCAACUGAAAGAAAGAAAACUAGUUUUCUUGAUGUUUCAAGAGAUCGAUCACAAACCCCUAUCAGUAUCCAAAAUCUCUCUCUUGAUCAUCAUGUACAAGAAAGAGUGACGACUAUUUCAAUACCAAGAAAAUAUUUUAACAGGGUCUAUUGGCACAUUCCAGAGACUGCUACCGGUUGCAUAUUUUUUCCAAGCUGUCAUUCAGCCUCAAGUCGAGUUUUUGGGAAAGAAACAAGCCAAACGGAAACUUCAAGAAAAUCAAAACGAGAAGUGUCAAGAAGAAAAAAUAUUUAUGUUGAUAACAUGUUCAAAGACAUUCUGAUUCUCUCCUCAGAGUUCUCCAGACCUGCAAGUGCACCUUCCCCAGUUAUUACUCCCAAACCCAAGGAAGUUCUCUCUGAGUAUCCACCUUUAUCAAAGAAUAAAACCUUUAUUUUUAAGCAGGCUCUGAUAGAUUUAAGUGAAACAGGGCCAAGCCCUCCACCAAGAAGUGUGCCUGUUAAAGCAGAAAGACAGUGGUCUGAACGUUUAAAGCAAAAUACUGCGGUGGUACUAACUAUUAGUAAUUUUCCAGGUCCCAUCGCCCUACCAACACCAGUUUUGCCAAGAAAACCUCGAAGACAGUCUUUGUUAGAAACUCAAGUAACAGAAUCCGACAAUGUGGAAAGCACGUCAAGGCAAAGUGUGUCAAACCUGACAGAAGGUAUCAUUAACAUUAAACCUAUAAAAAGAGAGGAGUCACAUGUGAUACGGGGUGAAGGUUUUAAGACUAUUAAUGCAACACGAUAUGAAACAAUAAUAGCCAUGACCAACCUAGCCAUAAUUAACUGUCAAAUACAUGGAAGAAAUGCACUUAAUCUUAAGGGUUUUUUUAUUAUGAAUUGUCCAGACUUAACACCGUUGGCUUCCCAAUUGAUAUAUCUUAACUUAUCCUUUAAUGAGAUCAGUUAUUUUCCCACAGAAAUAUUUUCUCUUAAAAAUUUACAACUACUAUUCCUGAGGAAUAAUCCUAUCAAAGAAAUCCCUUCUGAAAUUCAACAGCUUAAGUUCCUUAGAGUUUUCAGCAUUGCCUUUAAUUUGAUCACUACCCUUCCACCUGGGUUAUUUUCUUUGGCCCAUCUUGAGGAACUUGAUAUCUCCUACAAUAGUAUUGCUUCUAUCCCAAACAAAAUCCAGAAACUCAGAUUACUUGAAAAUCUGAAUGUUAACGGGACUGAUCUGACUACUUUUCCACCUGCGAUUUUGAAGCUUAACCUGAAAAAACUCCAGUUUGAGAACACUUUCACGCAUCCUACUCUUUGGAAAGAGAAUUCUUUAAAUAGCCCCCCGUGUCUGACUCAUCUUACUUCCUUGUUCUUCUUAAAAAGUAAUCUAGACAAAUAUUACGAUGAGAUCCCAGUGGAAAUUCAAGAGCUGCUAAAAUGCCCGUCUAGAUGUGAAUGGUGUCACGGUCCCAAGUUUGGUGAAGGUUUUCGAGUCAUCCGAUCCUGUGAUAUUUUUGGAGCAACACAGCUUCCUGUUUUGUACCAUGUCUGUUCUUCCUACUGCUACAGAAAAGUAAAGGAAAGCAGUUUUAUUUUAAAGAAUGAUCCCAGUAAAAGAAGAGCUCUAAAUUCUGAGUUGAUAAGUCAUACAAUGAUUUAGGAGUCCCACUUUAAAAGCCAUUAAAGUCUGUGUAUAUGGUAAUUCCUGUCUUUGAGAGUACAGGUUCUGUCUUCUGUGACGCCUCUUUGUAACCCCAGCUCCUUAAGGAACUUUGUGAUUGUGAGGGAAUUGUUGCAGAAUAAUUACUUUAGGAAGAUUAGUAAAGGUCUUUGGAUUUCAGUGAGGAUCUAGAAAAUUUCUUUUAUUGCAUGUUGGGCGUAAAAUGAGAACUGACAGAGUCCUUCGCAAAAAAACACAAUUUAUCUUACAACUGGCUUUUUUGGGCAUCCAUUCCAAGUGAUAAGAUAGCAUUUCAAAGUCAACCAGUGGCAUUUGUGCCUCCUAUGGGUUCAAAGUCACGUACCCAAGUUCUCUAUGUGAAUUCUGUUCGUGAAUUUUUGUGGAAAUCUGCCCAGUGCCAACCAUCUCCAUUGUGGAUUGUUUUCAGUAAUAAAAGAUUUA